CAGCUUAACCCACCACCCUGUCUAUCUGCCCUCCCUUACCUAGGCUUCACUACGUCCACAGAUGAACUUCUAGGACUUUCCGAGCCCACAGAUGAUUUCUGCCCAUCAAUCCAGAAAGAGAGGGACUUGAGAAGGAUGAGACUCGAACCUGGGUUUCCCUCCUCACCUCCCCCCCACCACACACACCUACGUUUCAGCCAGCCUUUUCUCUUUGCUGGUGACCGGGCGGCUGUCCGAGCCCCGCCCCUUGGGUUCGCACGCGGCCCCCGCCUGACCCGGCGCCCAGGGGCGGAGUAGGGCGGGGCGGGCGGCAAACGCAGCACUUUCGCGGCUUUGACAAGCCCGCAGCGGCCGGGCUGGAACGCUGAGCCCGGCCGAGACUGCGCCAUGCAAGAAGCGCCAGCUGCGCUGCCCACGGAGCCAGGCCCCAGCCCAGUACCUGCCUUCCUCGGCAAGCUAUGGGCACUGGUGGGAGACCCAGGCACAGACCACCUCAUCCGCUGGAGCCCGGUGAGGGCUGGGGCCCCUCAACUCUCUCAGUGGUCCCCGGGGGUCCGUCCAAUGUCUGUGAACACCCAUGUCUACCCAGCCCCCACCUGGGACUGGGCUGUACCUCGAUUCAGCUGUGCCGAGUGGAUCACGGUGGAAGGAGUGGGACCAGCUUCCUCGUAAGUGAUCAGAGCCGCUUCGCCAAAGAAGUCCUGCCUCAGUAUUUCAAGCACAGCAACAUGGCGAGCUUUGUUCGCCAACUCAACAUGUAUGGUUUUCGGAAGGUGGUAAGCAUUGAGCAAGGUGGCCUUCUCAGGCCAGAGAGUGACCACGUUGAAUUCCAGCAUCCAAGCUUCGUGCGAGGCCGGGAGCAGCUACUGGAGCGCGUGCGCCGCAAGGUACCUGCGCUGCGAGGUGAUGACAGUCGAUGGCGUCCUGAAGACCUAGGCCGACUGCUGGGAGAGGUGCAAGCUCUGAGGGGGAUGCAGGAGAGCACGGAGGCACGGCUGCAGGAACUCAGGCAGCAGAACGAGAUCUUGUGGCGAGAAGUGGUGACCCUGCGACAGAGCCACAGUCAGCAGCACCGGGUCAUCGGCAAGCUAAUCCAGUGCCUAUUUGGGUCGCUUCAGACAGCACCCAGCAGUACAGGAACCAAAAGAAAGCUGUCCCUGAUGCUGGAUGAGGGGGACUCAUGCUCGGCCUCUGCCAAAUUCAAUGCCUGCCCCGUCUCUGGUGCUCUCCUCCAGGACCCCUACUUUAUCCAGUCGCCUCUCCCAGAGACUACCCUGGGCCUCAGCCCUCACAGGGCCAGAGGGCCCAUCAUCUCUGACAUCCCAGAGGAUGCUCCAUCUCCUGAAGGGCACAGGCUUUCUCCCUCCGGUGGUGGCAGGAGGGUGAAGGGCCUGGCAUUGCUCAAAGAAGAGCCGGCCAGUCCAGGGGGGGAUGGCGAGGCCAGGCUGGCCCUGGCCCCAAACGAGUGUGACUUCUGCGUGACAGCACCCCCACCGCUGCCCGUGGCUGUGGUGCAGGCCAUCCUGGAAGGGAAAGGGAGCUACAGCCCUGAGGGGCCCAGGAGUGUACAACAGCCUGAACCCAGGGGCCCCAGGGAGGUACCCGACAGGGGAACUCUGGGCCUGGAUCGGGGUAAUCGGAGCCCAGAGAGUCUGCUGUCCCCAAUGCUGCUUCGGCCUCCCCCUGAAACUGUGGAACCCAUAGCACCCAUGGAUGUGCUGGGCCCUGGCCUUCCAGGACGAGAAUGGACCCUGAUGGAUUUGGACAUGGAGUUGUCUCUGAUGCAGCCCUUGGCUCAAGAGAGAGGUGAGGCUGAGCUGACCGUCAAGGAGUUGAAUUCUUCAGGUGUAGGGAAAGACCACACGCUGGGAACCCCACUCCUGCUGGAUGUUCCGGUGGAUUUGCAGGGUACAGCUCUGUCAGUGCCUGGGGCUUUAACCCUUUACAGUGCUCCUGAAAGCAGUGCCCCCUACUUGGAUCCUGGAGCCAGUCCUUCCUCCCCCUAGACUCCCGCCCCUCUGAAAAAGCCUGGCUAAGGAACCAGCACGCAGCAGCACACCCCUUUAGGCUUCCUGGCGUCUCCUGGGGGGAGUGAACGAAGCCCCCAUUAUGCAGCACCCUCUCUCCACUACCCCAGUGAGUCUUGCAACAUAAACUGCAU